UGGAAGUAUCAGCUCCUCCAUUGAUUUAGGAGAAAAAGAAAAUGAAGACACUAUACAUUGAAGGAACAAACCUUAUUAAUUUACCAUUUUACCACUCUUCCCAAUUCCUCUCACCAAACCCAAAUGUCCCAUUCCUUGUUCCUUUUCCUUCCAAACAGAUUCCAAAGUUAACUCCAAAACCUUAUUCCAUUUCCUUCAAAAAAUCUCACUUUUCUCCAAUUCAAGCUUCAAUGGCUUCAUCAACUCUCACAGACACAAACAAACCAUUCUCAGUUCUCUUUGUCUGUCUUGGAAACAUCUGUAGAAGUCCAGCUGCUGAAGGAGUUUUCACUGAUUUGGUUAAGAAAAGUGGUUUUGAUUCUAAGUUCAGAAUUGAUUCUGCUGGUACAAUCAAUUAUCAUGAAGGUAAUCAAGCUGAUUCAAGAAUGAGGGCAGCUUCAAAAAGACGUGGGAUUGAGAUAACUUCAAUUUCAAGGCCAAUUAAGUCUUCUGAUUUUGUUGAGUUUGAUCUUAUUCUUGCUAUGGACAAGCAAAAUAGAGAGGACAUAUUGGAAGCUUUUAAUAGAUGGAAGUUUAGAGAUCCUUUACCUGAAGAUGCCCACAAAAAGGUUAAGUUGAUGUGCUCAUAUUGUAAGAAACAUGAUGAAACUGAAGUCCCGGAUCCUUACUAUGGUGGACCUCAAGGUUUUGAGAAGGUGUUAGAUAUGCUUGAAGAUGCUUGUGAAUCAUUGCUGGAAAACAUUUUGGCUGAAAAUAAACAUAUACAAGAAUCCUAAUACCUUUUUCUUCUUUCCUAUUCAUUGUUCUGUUUGCCAUUGAAUACUGAAACUCAGCAGAUUAUAGCACAGUUAAAGAUAAUUUUGAAUCUGCUGACAUGCACAUGAGAAGAAUGAUGACAUGGUACUGCCUUGUGACACACAAUGCUGCAUUGUGUCCAGCGUUCAGAUUUCACUUCAAAGUUAAUUUGGAUGUUUUUAAUGUUCUUCUGCACUACUGGGUGUGAUGAGAGUAAUGUAUUUAAGUAAUUUUCAAGUGAAGUUUUGACUGUUAAAUCAGGGAAUAUUUAAUGUAUUCAGGAUACUAUUUGAGAGUUUUAAAUAAAUGAAAAGGAAUUGAGGGACUUGUUGUAAUAAUUAAAAAAGUCAGACUAAAAUAGCUCAAUAAAAUUACUGAGAAGUGAAAGUGUAAACUAGAGGUGGCAAAUGUGUAACCAAACCAAUAAUAUAUCUAUGUGAAUGAACAAACUUACAACUGCAUUACAAUA